ACCAAAACAGGAAGUUUUCACAUUUCAGACUAGUUAACUAGCCUGCGAGCUAAACAGGGAAGUGGCUGUGGGCUUUUAAGAGAUGUUUUAAUUGUGUACCACCAGUCAUUGUCGCCGGCAACACAGGAAUUAUUCAACUGCAACUGUGAGUAAAUAUAUUCACCGACGUGUGUGCGUGCAGGUAGCUCACUGGGCUGCGCCGUGACAUGAUGCCAUGGAGGAGCGGAAGCUAAAGAGAAAGAGUCCCAGGACUUCCACCAACACGGCGGCUCCGACCGGAGGCUCUGGCCGGAAGAACAGCGCUUCCGGCGGGGGACGACACGCCGGCUCCAGCAACUACAUGAAGACCAACGCCAACCAAAAAAGCAAGAGCAGGAGGGGAGUCAGGGAUAAACCCAGGUGUCAGGCGGGGUUGGGGGGUAAAACCAAUCCGAGCCAGGGCCAGGCAGCGCCCACCAUCCAGCACUCAUUUUUGACCGACGUGUCGGACGUCCAGGAGAUGGAGAAGGGCCUGCUCAGUCUGCUCAACGACUUCCAUUCAGGGAAACUGCAAGCGUUUGGCAAUGAGUGCUCCAUCGACCAGAUGGAGCAGGUGAGAGAGAUGCAGGAGAAGCUGGCCCGGUUACAGUUUGACCUGUACGGCGAAGUGGACGAAAUGCCCGAGGACCAGAGGAAAACGGCCUGUGACACCAACAUGGACAAGUUACUUCUCAAUCUUGAGGAGCUGAGUACUUCAAUUCAGAAACUGAAUCUAGCCGAUACACAAGAGAUCCCGAGGACUGCCAGCAUGUGAUGUGCUCUUAACUCCCCAGCCUCUUCUGACCUGUUUCUUUUAUGCCACGUCGAGAGGCAGCAACAGAUGAGGUGGAGUUGUAACUUGUCGGCUGUAUGUCUGUCAGCGUUCCCUCUCUGCACAGGGGGAUGGAUGUAUUGUAAGAUGUCAUCAUAACGAACACCAACAGAUUUAUAUUUCACCGCUCACUACCAAUGUCGAAUGCUACAGUGGCUAGUAUUAGAGUUAGAGAGAGGUUUAAGAUCUAUGGAAUCGUAAUCUCCUUUCUGAACUUCAGUAUAUUUUACAUGGUGGCUUGUUUAAAGUCAAGUUGUGGUCAGUUCACUCAUUUCCAAACCUUCUAAACUGACAUAUAGAAGCCACCUUCUUUUGACAGACAUAUGAUUAAUCCAUUAGGGUCCUGCAAAAAACAGCUUCAGUGAUUAUUUAUCGGCUUUGUUAUAUUUGAACUGACUGCAAACAUCUCGUGGUCAAUUGCAGAGUAAUAUGGACUCACUUUGUUGCACUUUGUCGUAUCUGUCGUCACAGGUCAGUGUCUUUAACAUCAAAAGCUAAAGACCCAGAGCUAAACUUUUUAAAAAGUAUAGAUACGAAGAAUGAUUAUAACCGUAUCUCGACAUAGAACUUUGUUAAAAACUUUAAAUAUUUCCUGAUUUAAUAAAAUAAGAGUCAAAAUCAUUAAAUCAGCCAAAAAAUAAAAUUUAAACACAGUAGAAUCUGACUAAGUAACUGUGCUGAAUGUUAUGGUUUAAAAAAAAACAACAACUCCACUCUGUGAUUUUGCAUAUGAUUUCUUGCUACGUGUAUGUGGCCUGAUUUCACCUCCACCUCCGCUGCUCAGCAAUGAAUAUAUUUGCACAUAUCCACGCAACAUCAUGCACAAUGCACUCAUGAUCGGUGGUGUGUUGGUUUGACACUGGAAAAGACUGAACAAUCCAAAUGUUGAUGCCUUACUUUUUUGGGGAUUUAAUAAUUUUUGCCUUGAUUAUAUUUCUAACCUAAGACUUUCAUCAGCACGUUGAUUUUAGGUUUCGGAUUCUGUGUUUUGAUGCCGCCCUGAUUGUAAAUCCAACUGUAUUUGGUCACUUCAUAUUUUAACCAGUGUUGUUGGGGGUGUCUGGGGGAUUAGUUUGAAGUGUAUUACUGUUUUAACUGUUUGCAAAAUUUAUUUUUACUGACCUAUUAAUAAACGUGUUGUCUGAC